AUGGACCUAACACCACCAUCAUUGACAAGGUCGCCGGCGUCUCCAACUCACACCUAUUGCCCUUCGGAAAGGUCGUCUCUGGAUUAUCCUUCCCCGGAUCUCGCAACCCAGCAGUACAAGCUUGCUUCUCUGUACGCCGCCGGUCAGCUGUGCUCUCUUGGUGAGGCUGCCGAUGCCGAUGCCGAUUCUUCUUUGCCGCCUCUAGAUUCCGCAGCAACUACAGGCUGGGUGUCUGCCAACGAAAUGGCGCCAUCGUCUUCUUCAUUGUCUAUUCCGAACGUCCUGUCAUCAGAGUACGACCCAUUCGCCGAGUACGACCCUCCCAUGCCAUCUUACGGAUCAGAGGCAUACCCGCCACCGCCGCCCAUGCACUCGUCUUCAGUCGGAGGCCAGCCGCAUCCACUCGCAGAUGCCUCCGGGCGUUCACCCGCGCCGUCAUCGUCGAGGAGCUCCUUUUCGUACGUCACAGGCGGUCCUUCUGCGGGACACCUGGGCCCCCGGAUCAAGGUGGAAAACCCCGGCGACUAUGGCUCGGGAAUCGACGUCUCCCAGUACCCCUCGCCACGCUCGAUGCAGGCGCCAUACCUCGCAGAGCCCAGCCAGUACCCAAGUUCGCAUCAAAACUAUCUACCCGACCCUCAUUCUCCGGCGUGGUCCAAAUCCGAGCUGGACGCUGAAAGUUACUACAAUCACUCCCCGUUGGGAGACGCGGGCUCUUCCGGCCACGGCUCGAAACGCGGUGACUACUUGAAGCAGAAUCGGCCGAAGAAGGCACAGCGCAAGAUGACGACCGCCGAAGACGCCAACUACCAAUGCGAAAUCAAGGGCUGUGGCAAGCUAUUCAGUCGCAGUUACAACUACAAGGCGCACAUGGAGACGCACGACGAGAAGAGGGAAUAUCCUUUCCCUUGCCCAGUUACGGACUGCAACAAGAAGUUUGUACGAAAGACGGACCUCCAGAGACACAACCAGAGCGUGCACAUGAAGGAGCGCAACCACAAAUGUGACUACUGCGGCCGUCUAUUUGCUCGCAAAGACACACUGAGAAGGCACAUGGGUGACGGGUGCUCCAAGCGUUUUGACGUCGGCACCUGUGACCUGCGCGUCGAUGGUUACGAGGGAAUGGGUGCUCUCAACCGCAACAUGGGAGGACCUAUGCAUCCCAUGGGACACGGUACACUACCGCCGAUCACGAUGCCUAUGGGGAGUGGCAGCGGUUUAUUGCACCCGGCGACCUCGGUGAGCAGGAGCAGGAGCGUCAUGUCGGGCACGAGUGAAGGUGCACAAAGCGACCACUGGCCACGGUAA